AUGGUGGCCUCGCGAACCUCUGCAUGCUCAAUGAUGACGCGAAAGUCGGUGCAGCAGUUCCCGCAGGAGGCGAUGGUAUGCCGGCACGGUACGAGCCCCGGGCUCGAGGUGACGCCGCGGCCGGGGAUGAUGGAGGACACCAGGGCCAGGAGGCGGGAGACGCUGACGACCGGCAGAGGGUCUCACGGGCAGGAGGUCCCUGCCAACCAGGCCCGUGCUGUCAUAGUUGGUGCAGCGGUGGAGGCAGAGGUCGUAGUGGUAGUCGGCUAUGCAGCCGAGGAUCCCGUCGGUGGUCCCCCCGAGGACGUGAUUGACCGUCAGGAUCAGCCUGGCGCUGGACUCCUGGGGCCAGAUGAGGCGGCGACGCGGGCCGGCGUCAGCGUUGACGGCGGGGGCUCGACGGCCGUCCCGGGCCCGUAUACGAGACUGGACCGCGCGGGCCCCGGGAUCUGA